GAUUACCCUCGUGCGCACUAGGGUUUCCUACGCCACCGCCGCCGCCAGGGAACUCCUCGACCAGCCCACCCUCCUGCCGCUCGGCCCCCUUCCCUUCCCAUCACCGCAGUCGCCCCCUCCAUCUCCUUCCGGAGCCACUACCCUGCCGCGAACAUCCUGCUUGCAUUGUACAUGACCGGUACGGCAGCCCUGACGGGGAGCGAGAACCGCCACGGGAACGCGGCGGUGAGCCCCUCGGUGAAGACCUGCGUGGAGAGCACAAACGCGUGCGGGGCCGCGGCGGCGAUCUCCGUGUUGUCCCCGGACCGGAGGCCAUCGAGGAUGUAGAUGUACAACGCCGGGAGCGCGGCGCCGACGAGGAACCCGCCCACGGUGUGCGCGGCGAGGGGGGGUGCGCGAGGCCGCGGAAGACAGGCGCGGACGGGUUGGGCUUCCCGGGGCGCUGCGGGAAGGCGAGCGUGACCAGGAGGAGGAGGUAGGGGAGGAGCAGAACGCCAAAGGCGAUCUCCGAGAGCGGCAUGGUGGUCGAGAAGGCCAGUACGGCGGCGGCGCCCAGCGUGUUGAGCUGCUUGAUGGAGAAGAGGUAGUGGUGGUGGUGCGGGCGCGUGGUGGGCGAGGUGGGCUCCGGGUGAAGCGGCAGGGCGGCUGCCUCAUCGAUGGCAGCGCGAUGCCACUCCCGCCGUCGGGCCCACGCUGCCGGACAUCGUCGUGAUCUUGGCUUGUUCGCUCAAUGUCGUUGGGUUCUCCUUGUCCGCUAAGUUUUGAUACACCUCUUCUGUUGAGCAAUCCUGGUGUGUUGAAAACUAUGUUUUAACUUUGUCUUUGAUGCUUUAUUACUAUGUUUUCCUUUGUCGCAGAAUUACCAUAAUCAGGAAAGGGAGGGAGCGAAGUUGUUGGCCGAUGAUGAUAUGAGAUUGACAACCUGUUUCCUGCAUCCUCUAGGAGUAGGAUUUGAAAGCGUUUUGGGAAGUAGACUGAAGACCAAGACGAUGGUAAUUUUGGUGAUGUGAGACGGUGUGGUAGCCACCCAAUUAGUCGUAAUUCUGCGGCCGCAUGUUGUGACUCAACUUGAUAAUUCUGUGUUUCACGAAACAACAUCACAUAUUUUCAAGAGGAGUGGUCGAAGGAGAACUUUUCUAUGUUGUUAAUGUAUAGUGCUGGGGUUUAUGCUGAUUGCGCUGAUUUGGAAGUUCGAUUUCUCGCCGUUUAUGAUCCUGGUCAUUGCCAUUCUCAACGACGGCACAAUCAUGACCAUCUCGAAGGACAGAGUGAAGCCAUCCCCACAUCCAGAUAGCUGGAAGCUACUGGAGAUCUUCAUCACCGGCAUCGUCUAUGGUGCCUACCUUGCUGUGUUGACCGUGGUGUUCUUCUUCGCCAUGACUAGCACCGACUUCUUCAGCGAGAAGUUCCACGUGCGUUCGCUAAGGAGCAACAAGGACGCGAUGAUGUCUGCCCUCUACCUUCAAGUGAGCAUCAUCAGCCAGGCCCUCAUCUUCGUCACCCGGUCGCGCCGCUGGUGCUUCCAGGAGCGCCCGGGGCUCUGGCUCUGCUUCGCCUUCGUCGUCGCGCAUAUCAGAACGGGUGUUCGGUGACUGAGAUACCUUUAGUGAGUUGAUGGUUUGACUUGCUAGGUAUGCCUGCAAGGAGGACACUGUAAUUUGGUCCAACAAAGGUUCUCAUUCUGAAAGAAACAGCAACUAUGCAAGAGCUUAUUGACGGAGAUUAUGAAAUUUGCAGUUCAUGUUCUGGACAUCAGAUUGAUACUUUACCAAAGGUGCACCAAUCGGCCCUCCGUCUCCUAGGGUGAUGGCGCAAUGACAUCGAUAGCGGCAGCAAUUACGCACAUGUGAUGGUGGAUUUGUCAACUGACUUCAUAUCUCCAUCUCUACUACCUAAAAAACCUGUAACACUUCAUUCCGAUCUUCUGUCUUAUGUUGUUUUGUCCAACUGCACACAUUUCUCUGGUCGUAUGCUAGAUUGGAAGAACCGGAACAUUUCCUACUGCGUUUGUAAUGAUGCAGUACGGUUAAAAACUUUUUAUUUACUUGAGUCUGCUACCUCAGAUUGAUGCGUGAUGCUCGGGCAGUAAUAGUCUAAGCUUCAUCGUGUAACAAGCUCCACCUGCGUGCAUAGGUAAGUGGUUCUGGUACUGCUGCUAUUUUUGUUUGUUAUAUUUGUUGCCAGUCUGAUUGCUACUAUCUACUGUACGUGCUUAUUGUUUGGCUUUGAAGAGAUAUUUGCUCGAGGUUAUGCCAAUUAAUUUGAAAGCAGAUGGUAAACUAUGAUUUGCUCCUCAAUUUGUACUGUAUCUGAGAUCUAAUGUGUGCCAGUGUGCAGCUAAUCACUAAAUAUUUCUAGUGUGCAGCUUGUGAAAUCUUUCAAAGCUAUGUUUCAAAGUAGAUGGUAAACUGUAAUUUCAAAGCAGAUGGCAAACUGUAAUUUCAAAGCUAUAUUUCCAGUGUGCAGCUUGUGACAUAUUUCUCCGUAUUUGACAUUUGAUUUGGUAAAUAUUUGUGGUGCUGAACCACACAUGGUUAUUGUACCUAAUAUCAUCCGUAUGUAUUGUAGCUAUUUUUGAUGCUUUGGAUGGUGAACAGAAAAUUAUGUGAAUGACAUUAACAACAAAUGGUUUAGCGAAUGAGGCCCUGAUUGGAUGGCACUGGCAAAUGGAUCAUCAAAGUAUAUGUUUUAAUUUUCCAUAGAGACAUCUUUGUAACUCUUCAUGCAUUAGGGUUAAAAAUUAUUGUACAUAUAUUACCUUCCCCUCGAAUAAUUCUUUCAAGUCAGAACCUAUGUGCAAUUGAGUUUUUCGUGUUUUAAUGACGGCUUUAUUUCAAUGUAGAUAUUAUCUUCAGUUUGUACUUGGCCAUAGUGGGAUGCCAGGAAAUAUCCUACUCAUCAGUCGGAAUAGUUAUUGUCGUUCUAGGAGCUGAAAGACGUCGGUCAUUCUAAAAUGUCUAACUAUACUUUUAUCAAAGAGGCAACACCUGACAGUGUGCCGAUAUCUGUAGGUAAGAUUGUAGGAUGUCUUCUCGCUUUUUGCCCUUGUCAGGCUUUAUAUUUUUGUCCCUAUGA